AUGAAAUGCGCCAACGAGACGGUGACAAUUGAACUGAAGAAUGGCACCAUCGUCCACGGCACCAUCACCUCCGUCUCUCCGCAGAUGAACACGGCCCUGCGCGCCGUCAAGAUGACUCCCAGAAACCGCGCCAACCCCUCGGUGCCCGGCGAGACGAUUUCGCUGGACACGAUCAACAUCCGCGGCUCGACGAUCCGAUACUUCAUCCUCCCGGACUCGUUACCGCUCGACACGCUCCUGAUUGACGACCAGCCAAAGCCCAAGAACAAAGCUAGAAAGGAAGGAGAGGCGCGCGGCGGCAGAGGAGGGCGAGGCGGUCCGAGAGGAAGGGGUCGCGGCGGCGGCGGAGGAGGACGUGGACGAGGACGAGGAAGGGGGUUCUAG